UGUAGUAAGUACUAAUUCUGAUUUUCCUGAAAUAGUGUAGUAUUCAAAAUUAUCUGUAUUUUCAUAGGAUAUUGCUAUGCUGGUUUUUCUUUUUACGUUGUUUCAAAAUCUUUGGCACUGAGAUACUCCUCUGGCUACAUCUUAUUUUAGUUUUCCUGAUUCAAAGAUACCUUCUAUUCAGCUGAGGAAAAACUAUAAAACCACUUUGGAACAGUUUGGCAAGAACAUAAAUUUACAAAACAGUAGGUAGAUUGUAUUACACAGGGAAGACAAAGUAUAAUGUUGACUUUAAAAGGAGUGGUUUUUUGUGGUGUGUGUUUGGUUUUUUUUUUCAUAAAGCUUUCUGUCAGGAAAUUAAAUAUUUGUUCAUAAGGAAGGGGUUCCUCAGUGAUUUUCCCCAUUUGGUUCCAUGAGCCAUGAAAAUCCUCCCACACCUUCAUUGUGGAAGGAUAAAGAAAAAUAGAUUGGUGCUGUUGGUGUUUAUAUGAUUGAGAUUGGCAUUGGUAGGAAACCAAGAUGAUUCUGGUAUCUUCAGGAACACUAAGCAGAUAGAUUUGCCCUCUCUGUUACUUUCUCCAUUGAAUGACAGCUUCAUUUUUGAUGUCCAAGCAAAAGAAAUAAUAUUAGAAAGACUGUCUUCCCAGAAGCCUGAUGGGUGAAUUGUUACUUUUUAAGGCAACAUGAAGGGAUUUUUUAUAUCCACUUUGAAGUGACAAUGUGUAGAGCCCUCAAUCCUCCAUGGAAAUCUUUAUAGUGCUAGGUUUGCUAAGUAUAGAAAAACAAGCUUGAAAAUGUUGUCCAGACUCUUUCGAAUGCAUGGCCUUUUUGUAGCCUCUCAUCCAUGGGAAGUCAUUGUGGGAACAGUGACUCUUACCAUCUGUAUGAUGUCCAUGAAGAUGUUCACUGGGAAUGAUAAGAUCUGUGGCUGGAAUUAUGAGUGCCCUAAACUUGAGGAAGAUGUUCUGAGCAGUGACAUCAUCAUCCUGACAAUCACGCGCUGUAUUGCAAUCCUUUAUAUAUAUUUCCAGUUUCAGAACCUAAGGCAGCUUGGGUCAAAAUACAUUUUAGGUAUUGCUGGCCUCUUCACAAUCUUCUCAAGUUUUGUUUUUAGUACAGUGGUAAUUCACUUCUUGGAUAAAGAACUGACAGGUUUAAAUGAAGCUUUACCAUUUUUCCUGCUGCUGAUUGAUCUGUCAAGAGCGAGUGCAUUAGCCAAAUUUGCACUCAGUUCCAACUCACAGGAUGAAGUAAGAGAAAAUAUUUCACGUGGAAUGGCAAUUUUAGGCCCUACGUUUACACUGGAUGCACUUGUGGAGUGUCUUGUGAUCGGUGUUGGUACUAUGUCAGGUGUACGACAGCUUGAAAUUAUGUGCUGCUUUGGCUGCAUGUCUGUUCUUGCCAACUACUUUGUCUUCAUGACCUUCUUUCCAGCUUGUGUGUCCUUGGUAUUGGAGCUUUCUCGAGAGAGUCGUGAAGGGCGCCCUAUAUGGCAGCUUAGCCAUUUUGCUCGUGUUCUGGAAGAAGAAGAAAAUAAACCAAAUCCUGUAACACAGAGGGUCAAAAUGAUUAUGUCACUGGGUUUGGUUCUUGUUCACGCCCACAGUCGUUGGAUAGCAGAACCGGCUGCUCAAAACAGUACUGUGGAAAACUCGGUGGGGUUGGAUGAAAAUGCACCAAAGAGAAUCGAACCUAACGUCUCAUUAUGGCAGUUCUACCUUUCUCGAAUGGCCAGUAUGGAUAUUGAACAAGUAAUCACUCUUGGAUUAGCCCUUCUGCUUGCCGUCAAAUAUAUUUUCUUUGAGCAAGCGGAGACUGAAUCAACGCUUUCGCUGAAGAAUCCCAUAACAUCUCCAGUGAUGGUCCAGAAAAAGGUCCCCGAGAAUUGUUGCAGGAAGCAAUCUGGACUUCUGAAAAACAAUCAGAAAUGUAACACAGUAGAAGAAGCUUUAGUUCCCAAAGAUGGAAAUGCCGAAGUCAUAAAACCUGUAUUAGCAGAGUCAUCAACCAAGGCUACAUUUGUAGUUGGCCGUUGCAACCCUGUGGAAACCUCUUCAUUUCUUAAUGGAAGAGAGGAAGAAAUUGAUUUACCUAAAGAACCACGGUCCAUUGAAGAAUGUGUUUGUAUACUUGGAAAUGCAGAGAAAGGAGCAAAAUUCCUUACUGAUGCUGAGGUUAUAAACUUGGUUAACGCUAAGCAUAUUCCUGCAUACAAACUUGAAACCCUGAUGGAGACUCAGGAGCGAGGUGUGUCCAUUCGCAGACAGAUGUUAUCUAAGAAACUCCCUGAACCUUCAUCUUUGCAGUAUCUUCCUUAUAGGAAUUAUAAUUAUUCUUUGGUUAUGGGAGCUUGCUGUGAAAAUGUGAUUGGAUAUAUGCCUAUUCCUGUAGGCGUAGCAGGACCGCUACUUUUGGAUAACAAAGAGUUUCAGGUGCCAAUGGCAACAACAGAGGGAUGCCUUGUAGCAAGCACAAACAGAGGAUGUAGAGCAAUAUGCCUUGGUGGAGGAGCCAGUAGCCGCAUUCUGGCAGAUGGGAUGACUCGAGGACCUGUUGUAAGGCUGCCCACUGCUUGUCGGGCUGCAGAAGUGAAAGUUUGGCUUGAAAGCCCCGAAGGCUUUAAAAUAAUGAAGGAAGCUUUUGACAGCACAAGUAGGUUUGCCCGCCUACAGAAAUUUCUCAUCAGUUUGGCUGGUCGUAACCUUUAUAUCCGUUUUCAUUCUGGAACAGGGGAUGCAAUGGGAAUGAAUAUGAUUUCAAAAGGUACUGAAAAAGCACUGGCAAGGUUGAAUGAAGAGUUUCCUGAUCUCCAGGUUAUAGCUAUUAGCGGUAACUAUUGCACAGACAAAAAACCUGCUGCUAUAAACUGGAUAGAAGGAAGGGGGAAGUCUGUUGUCUGCGAAGCAGUCAUUCCAGCCAAAGUUGUUAGAGAAGUAUUGAAGACAACUACAGAAGAUAUAGUUGAAGUCAAUAUAAACAAAAAUUUGGUGGGUUCUGCGAUGGCUGGUAGCAUAGGUGGCUACAAUGCACAUGCAGCAAACAUUGUGACGGCUAUCUACAUUGCCUGUGGCCAGGAUGCUGCACAGAACGUGGGCAGCUCUAAUUGUAUCACUUUGAUGGAGCGCACUGGUUCCACCAAUGAAGACCUGUACAUCAGCUGCACAAUGCCUUCUAUAGAAAUAGGAACUGUUGGCGGAGGCACCAACUUGCUCCCACAGCAGGCCUGUUUGCAGAUGUUAGGGGUUCAAGGUGCAAGCCAAGAGAACCCUGGUGAAAAUGCCCGUCAGCUUGCUAAAAUUGUUUGUGCUACAGUGAUGGCAGGGGAAUUGUCAUUAAUGGCAGCUCUUGCAGCUGGGCAUCUAGUCAAAAGCCACAUGAUCCACAACAGGUCGAAAAUAAAUCUACAAGAUCUUCAAGGAACAUGCACUAAGAAGGCAGCUUGAACACUAAGAAUGGCUUUGAAAUGAAGCAAUUCUAGCAACUGACCAGGUGUGCAGGGGGAAAAAAGAACCAAACUGUGAAGUUUAGAAUAAAAGUCAUCUUCAACUCAAUGAUGUCAUGUAAGAUGAUAAACUGAGAGAUGAGCGGACUUGUGUGAGACUACUUAUGCCUUUGACUUUCUUCAGUGGUUAGAGAUGACUUCAUGAAAGAAGUCUGGUCAGGCAUCUUGAACAUGGCUUUGGAAUUCUUAUUCUUACACAUUAUUUUCUAAAGGGUCAGUCUUUUAUGUUGUUAACAGGUUGAGAUUAUUUUGGCUAGUGAGCUCCUGGUAACUGUUAAGCUGAAAAGUGAUGUUAUGUACUUUGUACAUG